GAGGAUUUCGCCGAAAGCGAAGAGGAAGCCCAGAGCGCGAUUGGCGUUGUCCAGCAGGACGUUCUCACUUUGGGUGGUCGUGUAUAUAUGACAAACGUGUCAUUGGCCUCCCAGUCAUAUACCCUGGUGAUUGACACAGGCUCUUCCGACACCUGGGUGGCUUCUACACGAUUUAGAUGUCUCUCGCCAUCUACGCGACGGCGACUCCCGCAGUCUUCCUGCGGAUUUGGCAAGCUUUUCAACAUUUCAGACUCACCUACAUUUGAGACCAUUCCUACGCAUGAUUUCAGCGUUCAGUAUACGGACGGAGAGUAUCUAUUGGGCGAGAUGGGAACCGAAGAGCUUGAAGUUGGAGGCUGGAGGACUAGGCAGACCAUUGGCGUUGUGGAACGAGGAUGGUGGAUUGGAGAUGGACUGAGCAGUGGAUUGAUGGGUCUUGCAUACCCUACGCUGGCGAGCGGCGUCAAUGAUCUGAACUACACCAGCAUUGCAUUUACACUAUUCGAAGACGGCACCGUACCCAGCAUAUUCAGCCUUGCCCUCAGUCGACCCUCUGUAGACAACCCCGUGGCCGGAGGCCUCCUCGCCAUCGGCGGCAUCCCCGACAUCCCACUCGACGGCGACUUCGUGUCCGUCCCCAUCCAACCCAUCAUAUCCGACCAAUACGCCUUCUACUCCGUCCCCGUCGACGGCAUCGCCGUCACACCCCCAGAAGGCUGGAUCCCGCCCACACGGCGGCGGCAACGCAAGACCCGUCCCUUCCACCGCCCCCUCCACCGCCAGACCACCAACAACCAAACCCACAUCUUCCACCUCACCUCCUCCCGCGCACACCAGAACCCUCAAGCCGACCCGGGCUCCUCCUCCGAAGACUCCGGCCUCGAAAUGAUAAUCGACUCCGGCACCACACUCAUCUACGUCCCAUGGGACAUCGCCGCGGCAAUCGGAUCCUUCUUCGUUCCCCCCGCCAUCUUCAACGAGACAUCGAACCUCUGGAUCGUACACUGCGACGCCGCGCUCCCGGACAUCGGCGUCAUCAUCGGCGGGAAGCUGCUCAAGAUCGACCCAAGGGAUCUGAUCGGGCCGGGUGGUGGCACGAUGGUGACGAAGAAUCAUGACGGCGUCGCGGGCGGCGUUACGAAGACGCAGAUGUGUGUGCCGAGUAUCCAGGGGAGGGUGAGUGGGGACUCGGUGCUCGGGGAUGCGUUUUUGAAGAGCGUGGUUGCGGUGUUUGAUGUGGGCGUUAAUGAGAUGAGGUUUGCGCAACGGGCGCCGUAUUAGAGGAUGGGGAUGGUUGUUGUGCGGUGGCAUAGUGUGGAGGUGGGAAGGGAAAGCCAGGCGGGAUCAGGGAAUACAUUUAGAUACCGUGG